UGGCUUUGAGGUUAGAAAUUCGAGUUCGCUGUAAAAAAGUGAUUUUUUUUUAAGAUUUUUGUACAAUUUCAUGAUAAAUAUUAAGGUAAUAAAGUGAAAUUAGAGUCAUUUGCAACUGCCGCCGUUGUUUCCGUUGGAAAAGUGUGCCAAAAAAGUGAAAACCUUGGAAAACAGCGGAUUCAGAUCCACGGAAAAGGAUUCCCCGUCUUUUGCUCUUCACUAAAAGGUCCUUUUUCUAAAAGGAUCCUUCCACAUCCUCCGGGAACCAAUCAUCCAUAGAGUGGAUUGUAGUUAAAGUAUGCCUAUCCAAAAGAAGAAAGUGAAGAAAGACAAGGAUAAAAGUGAGGCCAAACCGGCGGGCGCCAACAUCAAGCAGGAACCGGAGGAGUUGAAACCGCUGGCCGAGUACAUCGACGACCGGCUGGAGCUUAUCCGGCAGGUGUUUUCAUGCGUGAAGCCGAAAGAGAUCAACUAUCUGCUCCCGGACUUUCUACAGGGAAAGUCCAACGAUAUCAUUAAGGAACGGUGUCUGGAUGAACUGCUCGGAAUCUCGACGAAGCGCUUGCGCUCAAUCAUCAACAACACCAAGUGUCCCACGGACACCGAAUCCGACUCGGAGAAUUCGGAUCUAGAAAAGAUCGAAGAACACAUUUCACUGGAUGAGAUUUCUUCCGAUUCCGAUGCGGAUGGCAAGCGCUCCGGCAAGAGCGGAGGGGCAAGAGACAAGCGCAACAAAACCAACGUCGAAAACGCUAAACCAGCGGACGAGCGAAAUGGUGGUGGUGAUGCCAAGAGUGAAAAGGAAAUGACAGUCCUCGAGUUGCUGGAGUUGCAAGCCCGGGCACGUGCCAUUCGAUCGCAGCUAGCCCUGGAACCGGUCACAAAGAUAGAGAUCGAUUCCGAGCAUGAGGAUGAGGACGCGCGCCAGGCUGAUGUUGACACGGACGAGGAAACGAAUCGAGUGACACGCAAACGUGCUUCACCGAAAACGGUUGCUACCGGAUCGGUAGAAAAUGGGAAGCAACUCAAAACGGAAAACUCAACGACAGAGCCGCAACCACGGAGAGUCCGCUUGAAGAGAAAUUUCCGCGUCCGGCAAGCAGGCGAUGACAGCGAUGCCGAUGAGGUUUCCAGUAAUGCCACCGAUAAAUUGCCCACGCCAGCAGCAUCAGAACCUGAGCCAUGCUCAGAGCCAAAACCAGCGGAAACGGUUGAGCAGGUGGCUGCAACGACGGGAUCUGUUGAGGUACAAAAAGAGUCAGAUGAACCGAAAGCCCCAGAAAAAGUUACUGACGAAGCAGAACCAGAUCCAAAUCCUGCGCCUGUCGUUGUUGAAAAAAGUCCCGAAGUGGUUAUUGAUGGUGACACGACUGCGACGAAAGAGGUGUCUUCUACUUCGACCCCUGUUCCAGGUACGUCUCCAGUUCCUGUAGCGGAUUCGACCUCAAUUCCGGUUCCUGUAGAAGAAAAUGCUGCCGUAGAAGAUCAAAGCAAACAACCCACUGCCCGUGAUGCGGAUCGUGAGAGCUCUCCGGAGGUAAUACCGGUCGAGGCAAGUCCGGAAACACUUUGCAUUUCGUCCGAUUCGGAAGAGGAGCGUUUGGCUAAGCAGCGAGCUGCAAUAUUCGUCGACAACAUUGAGGAACUGGACCGACAAGCCCAAGAAACAGUGACGGAACCACCGGAGAAGCCGGCCGAUGAGGAUGAUGAACCGGAAGAGGGAGAAAUUUCAGAAGAAGAAGAAGAACCACCUGCCCCGACGGUAGAGGAAAGCGUGGCCCCAGAAAGUGCGCCAGAAACACAGUCGUCCAAAGAUGCGGAUGGAACUGUAGAGAAUCCUUCAGAUGAGUUAAUUGCAGCGGAUGGUAAGAAUGUAGGGGAAGAUAUCGCGACAUCUGGCAAUCCCGAGACCCAGCCGGCUCCCGAAGAAACGCCUGCAGUAGCAGAAGUUCAGUUACUAUCGUCCGGCAGCGAUGAGUCAGACUCGGAGUCCAGUGGUGACUCUGGCUCGGGCAGUUCUGGCUCAAGUGACAGCGAGGCGGAUGAGAAUGAGGAGAAAAGACAGAAAUCUGCCGAAGCGGCGCAAAAACUCGAUCCAACCCAUGACGAUGCGGAUAUUGUUGAAAUCCACGAUUCCGGUGACGAGAAACUGUUGAUGGAUGACAAACCGUCCGAGCCCGAGAACCCGGAGGAAAAAUCAUGGAACUCCCGCUGGCUCAAGAGUAAUCGAGUAGCCAAGGUAAUGGCUGCCUCACGGCUUGGUAACAAGGUAAGGGAAAAAUUGAAGAAAAAGAAACAGAUCCAGCAAGCGGAGCAGCAGCAACAGCAGCAACAGCAACCACAGCCAGACACUGAAGGCACUGAUUCUACGAAACAGAACCCAGCAACGGAAAGCCAGCAAGGGGAAUCAGCGGUUGCCGAGCAACCCUCCAACGUGGAAGUCGGUUCAGUUGAGCACUACCGAGAGCUGGUAGCGCAACAGGAAACCAAGGAUUAACUCAGCGCAAUUUCCAUUUAAUAAAUUCCUUUUCAUGAUACAACAUCAGCAACAAUCACAAAUACGUUCUUCUUUCGUCGA